AUGGCGGAUAAUGAAGAAGUGCCCCCUUCCGGUCCCCGGAUGACUCGUGAGGAGACGGAUGAACUCGUGCGGCGUCUGUACGACCAACAGAUGGAACGCGCCGCCAGGCGUGAGGAGGAACGGCAGCGCCAACUCGCCAGGCCAUUCUGCUCCAGUCGCCGGAUAAAGAAGGAUGAGGAGGAAAACCUUGUGCGCCGCAUUUAUGACGUGCAACGGGAGCGCUUUCAGCAGAGCAAGGAGGAGCGCGAACGACGAUUGACACUCGAACUUCAAAGUAAGGACAAGAAGCUCCCCGAGUCGGAGAUACAGGAUCAGGUGGAUCGCAUCUACAAUCAGGAGGUUGCUAAGAGUAAGGCACGCCGUGAGGAGCUACAAAAGCGGUACCUACCAGAGGUGCCUCCAAAGACAAUAGGCAAGAAGCAGCUAAAGGAGAGCGUUGAACGACUCUUUCGUGUUGACUACGUGAAACGGGAUGAGGAACUCUUUAAGAAGCACGUGUACCCAUACGACCCACCAACGACGAAGAUUUCCCGGACGGAUGUGGAGGCGAUGGCCAACCGUCUGUCGAGGAGGGGGUCAUAA